AUGCGUGUCCCAAAACCUCCUAAACCACCUGAAAAGCCAUUAAUGCCUUACAUGCGGUACAGUCGAAAGGUUUGGGAACAAGUCAAAAACUCAAAUCCGCAUCUUAAAUUAUGGGAAGUUGGAAAGAUUAUUGGUCAGAUGUGGCGAGAACUUCCUGAUGAUGAGAAAAUACUGUAUAUGGAAGAGUAUGAUGCGGAAAAAACGCAGUACGCUGAGUUGCUACGACAGUAUCACAGUUCACCAGCUUAUCAAGCCUGGUUAGUUGCAAAAGAAAGAGCCGAAAAAAGCUUGGAAGAACAAGACCAAGAACGCAGACAGACCAUAUUGAGGUCAAGAGAUCGUGGAAAUGAACUUCCUCAAGGUGACCUGAGAGAAUCUUACAUCUUGGAAGAUAACGAAGAAGAUACUGAAGAUCAGUAUACAGCGAAGCAUGUGGCUGCUGCUCGUUUCCAGCGAAAUCAUCGUCUGAUGCAAGAAGUUUUAAGUGACGCUAGACUUCCUGACCCUGGACAGCUGAUAACACAAAGUCGAUUAAACACCCUACGUCUUCAAGUCGAGCAACUGAAAAACCACAAACGCAAUUUAUGUCAAGAAAUUGAAGGAUGUGAGGCACGCCAUAAGGCUAAAGUUCAACGUAUUCGUGAAGAAUCUGAACGUUUUCGAAUGGAUUAUCAAAAGAUAACUGCAGCGAGGCCAGUUAUCACGGAGUCCCAGUUUGCUGACAUGAUAGUUAAGGCAAAACAUGAUAUCCAACGUGAGGAGGAAGAUCGAAGAUCUCGUUAUUUGGCCGAAUUGGAAAUCAGGCGCAGACGCCAACAGCAGCGGCAACAACGAGAAGCCGAGUUAUUGGAGUCUGAACGUCGAAGACAAUUGCUUCACCAACAACAGUUGCAGCAGGCUCAUAUGCGACCGGUUCACACACCUGUUAUGCAUAGUGAUCCUAAUAUUCAAUUUAAUGAUCGUCCGCUGGAAAGACUGAUAGCACAGGACAAAAGAGAUGAUACACCUCAACCUUCACCGAAACUGCCUGCUACUUCAGGGAAUUUAGUGAAUCCUGCAAAUGUUAAAGUUGCUACUGAACUUGGAAAUGCUACGAACGGUGUAUCGUACCCUCCUGGAAUAGGAAAUACUUUCGCGCAGCCACCCACUCAGGGUUCAGUAUCUAGGUUUCCUCAAUCUGGUCAUACGCAACAUCACUACCCACCUCCUCCACAUUACUUACCCAAUGCAGCAUCACCAGCAAACCCAAAUAUCCUAGUUCAUCAGCGUAGUCCAGUAGCAAAUAUUCAGCAGGCAACGUCAAACAACACAGGUAAACCUAAUGCAUCACCAUUAAGUCGCACGAAGAAAGUUCCUUCGUCUGCAUCAUCUACUUCAUCGGCAUCCUCAGCUUCUUCAACAUCUUCAAAAAAGAAGAAACCUGAUUCUGAAUCCACUAAAGACCCUAGUAUAUGCCCGACUAAUCAGGAUAUGCGUGAACGGCCGGUUUCUAGGUCAGGUGAGGGUCUAAUGGAUCAAACUAAGUCCAGUGAGUUUGGCAUGGCUCCUGGACAGUCAAAUGAGUUUCAACAAGGGUUGGCAGUUCAGUCCAGACAGCUUGUUACUUCUCAAUAUCCUCCAAACUCUGUCAUUUCAACACACAUACCCGGUGCUUCAUUACAAACACCAUACGGUUACGAGCUUGGUAUACCAAAUUCUUCAAAUCCACCCUUACCUGGUGGGCCUUAUUAUCAUCCACCGGUCUCUGUUUCUAAUCCCAGUGGUUACUCUCAUCCGCGCCCACAGUUUUCACAACAUCCUCCUUACAGCGCUGUGCAGUAUCACUCUAUCCCGCAACAGCCAUCAUCAGAGCAUCCGCCUCCACCACCAAUGUAUGUCCAACAUAUACCACAGCAACCUCAUGUUCCACAGCCUGGACCACCAAUGGGUGGAUCUAGUCAGCACUCUUCAAACCACAUCCCGUCACCUCAACAACAAAGCACAAAUAAUUGGCAUCCUGGUGGUCCGUCCCCCUAUCCUCCACACUAUGGUCCUUCUCGCUAUCCAGUUCCGGGUGGUUCUGUGGGUUAUCCAAUGCAGCCUCCACGAAAUUUCGGUCCGAACUCUGGCGGAUAUUCAGUACCCCACUACCUUGUUAGUCAACAUAACACACAAGCACAUCAUCAAAACAUACCACCUGUACCGGUUUCUUUGCAAGAUGGGUCUGUUGCAUCUCAACAGAUCCCAGCACCGCCACCAUACCAGCAGCAGCAACAACCAAGUUCCGUUGUGGGUUACUGGCCCACACAGCACCAAGUACCUCCUGACUAUGCUCAGGGCCAGCAUUCUUCUCAUUACAUACCUGCUUCCCAAUCUGAACCUGUCACUGCUUCAAAUCAGCAAGCGCUUUCAUCUGUGGACAGCGUCCAUCCAUGUUCAACCAUAUCUGGACCGUCUGUGGAUGUUGGUAUAAGUCAAGUGGUACCUCACCAAUCUCAGGGAGCCAAUAUUUAUUAUCCAGGUGGUUCUGUCUCACCGUACACUCAUGGUAGUAAUAUGGGACCGAAUGCAUUUUAUUCCGUACCACCACAACAUCAUUAUCCCCUUCAACAUCAGCACGGUGGCCACUCUUGGGUAGGUUAUCCCAAUUCUGGUCCACCUCAAGUUCCAGUCUAUCCACCAUCACAACUCGCUCACCAAUCACCCCAAUGUAGUCCUGGGACUUCAUAUCCGAAUUCACAAAUCACAGGAAAACCUGAGCAACCUAUGGUAACGGCUAAUGCAGAUAAUUCAGCUGGUAUUGGCUCAUCUGGUGGUUCAACUAGUCGCCCGCCAUCUACCAAUAAUUAA